GCCGCUUCUACCAUACUCACCAUGUCUUCUUCGAUUACCCAGCUGGUUCUGAAUUUUUGUCUUUUCGUUGUUAUUCAUUAAUUUAUUGUUUUCCCACUAAUGAGACAUGUUUUAGCUGACAUCAAUAGCGACACUAUCACUGUCUAUGAAGUCUCGAAAAUCACAGACGUAUACAACAAUCUGGUGACUUAUGCUGGAGAACUCUUUACACAAUACGAUAUAGCAGCGCCGACAUUUACACCGUUGACCACGGUCGAGACAACAGAGGAUAUCCAAUGCGAGAAAUUCUUGCUGGUUCUGGGAUAUCAAGCGCGUUUUAAAUAUCCCUGCUCUUGCACCUGGUGUGCAGAGGAUGUGGAGGAAUCUUUCAAAGCAGUCAUGUUUGACGUUGAUAAGCCUUUGAAGCUGAGCAAACACUGCGAGACAGCAGGGAGACUAACAAUUCGAGAUAUGCUGCCAAAGGUUGAGCAUUUGUUGUCUGGGAAGGCUUGUAAGCAUGUCAAGAGAUUGACACUGUUGCAAGAUGCUUUGGGAAGUGUUGAUUUUGGGAAGAACGGUUGAAUGUUGGAUGUUGAUAGGGUUGAGGAGGUGGAGGAGGUGGAGGAGGUGGAGGAGGUGGGUGAAGUGUAGGAGG